GAGUCACCAGGGCGCGGAGACGCCGGGCGCGUUAAUUGGGCCAGCUUUGAACGCUACUGCGCCUGCGUACACUUGCCUCUCCUUCCAGGUUGAAGUAGAGCUCCUCCAAGGGCCCGCCAACCCACCCGCCUUACGCAGGCGCUCUCAGGGGCGGAGGCGGGCGGGGAGCCGGGGGCCGAGGGGCGCUAGAGCUGGGGGAAUGUAGAUGACUGGAGACAGAACCUAGAGCUUUCCAGUACCAGGGAGAUGUUGCCACCUUCAGGUCUCUCUGGGCUGGUUCCCCCUUCCCACUUCCAAGCUCGGCCCUUUCCCGCUCAGUCCAGAGCGGCUCCACCCUGGGUCUCAGACAUUCCCCCCUCCCAGCCCCGGGCCCACCAAGAUGUCUCAGAAAGACACCAGAGGCCUCCGGUGACCGCGUGGGAGCAGGGUGUUUCUGGUGCUGGGCAUGGGCCCUGUCGGAGAGGCAGGUCCCUGGAGCUGGCGGGGUCGCAGGCCCUGAGCGAGCAGGCAGAACUCAUCUCUCGGCAGCUGCAGGAGCUGCGGCGGCUGGAGGAGGAGGUGCGGGGCCUGCGGGAGACCUCGCUGAAGCAGAAGAUGAGGCUGGAGGCCCAGGCUGUGGAGCUGGAGGCUUUGGCACGGGCUGAGAAGGCCAGCCAAGUUGAGGCUGAGGGCCUGCGCGCCGCCUUGGCCGGGGCUGAGGUUGUCCGGAAAAACCUGGAAGAGGGCACCCAGCGGGAGCUGGAGGAGGUUCAGAGGCUGCAUCAAGAGCAGCUGUCCUCCCUGAUGCAGGCUCACCAGGAGGCUCUGGCCAGUUUGACCAGCAAAACUGAGGGGCUGGAGAAGUCUCUGAGAAGCCUGGAAGCCAGGAGGGCAGGGGAAGCCAAGGAGCUGGCUGAGGCCCUGAAUGAGGCUGAGCUGCUGCGGAAGCAACUGAGCAAGACCCAGGAGGACUUGGAGGCUCAGGUGGUCCUGGUUGAGAAUCUGCGGAAAUAUGUGGGGGAACAAGUCCCUCCCGAGGCCGGCAGCCAGGCGUGGGAACCUGAGCGGCAGGAGCUUCUGGACACCGUGCAGCGCCUGCAGGAGGACCGGGCUGGCCUGCACACCACUGCUGAGCUGCUACAGGUGCGUGUGCAGAGCCUCGUGUGCGUGCUCGCCCUGCAGGAGGAGGAGCUGACCAGAAAGAAGCUUGCUCUGCUGCUCAAGCAGGACAGAGAGGUGCCGAAGGCCGGUGGCAUCUCUUCCUCUGCUCUGCCAAGAGCCCACACUUCCUGUCCGCAGCUCCCGCCUUCAGACUCCCUGGAGCCCGAGUGUGUGAGGAAGCAUCAGUCCUUGCUGAGCCGCUGGCGGGAGAAGGUGUUUGCCCUCCUGGUGCAGCUCAGGUCCCAGGAGCUGGAGCACAGAGACUCGGUGAAGGCGCUGCAGGGACAGGUGGCAGAGCUCCAGGAACAGUUGAUAGCCCAGAGCCAGGAACGGGCCAUCCUGCAGCGGUCCCUGCAGGACAGAGCUGCGGAGGUGGAGGUGGAGCGGAUGGGCACCCAGGUCCUGCAGCAGGAGCUGAGCAGAGCUCAGGAGGCCCGGCAGCGGCAGCAGCAGCAGACAGCCAGGGCGGAGGAGCAGCUGAAGCUGGUGGCCGGCGCCGUCUGCAGCUGCCAGAUCGCCCUCCAGAGCACCACGGCAAAGCUGGAACAGGCUGUAGCCCGGCUUCCCAGUCUCGGCAACCGACUCAGCUAUGCCGUCCGCAAGGUGCACACCAUUCAGGGCCUGAUGGCUCGAAAACUGGCCCUGGCUGAGCUGCACCUGGAGAGCUGCCCCCCACUCGCACCCCCCGCCGACACCGAGGUGCGCCUUGAGCUGCAGCAGCUGCGGGAAGAGCGGAACCGCCUGGAUGCAGAGCUGCAGCUGAGCGCCCGCCUCAUCCAGCAGGAGGUGGGCCGGGCACGGGAGCAAGGUAGGCCUGGGGGAGCAGCCAGCGGAAGGGGGGAGCCGGGAAAGGCCGAGCGAGCACCCCUCUUACGCCCAGGGGAGGAGGAGCGCCAGCAGCUCAGCAAGGUGGCUCAGCAGCUGGAGCAGGAGCUGCAGCGGGCCCAGGAGGCCCUGGCCGGUGUGGGGCUGCAGCUGGAAGCAGCGCGGCAGGGCCAGCAGGAGAGCACGGAGGAGGCCGCCAGCCUGCGGCAGGAGCUGGCCCAGCAGCAGGAGACCUACGCCAGAGCUCUGCAGGAGAAGGUGGCCGAGGUGGAGACUGGGCUGCGGGAGCAGCUCUCGGAUGCGGAGCGGAGGCUGAAUGAGGCCCGGAGGGAGCAGGCCAAGGCCGUGGUCUCCCUGCGCCAGACCCAGCGCAAGGCCGCGGGGGAAAAGGAGCGGAACCAGGAGCUCAGGCGGCUGCAGGAGGAGGCCCGGAAGGAGGAGGGGCAGCGGCUGAGCCGGCGCUUGCAGGAGCUGGAGAGGGACAAGAACCUCAUGCUGGUCACCUUGCAGCAGGAGGGUCUCCUCUCCCAUUACAAGCAGCAGCGGCUGUUGGCGGUUCUCCCCUCCCUGCUGGACGAGGGGAGGCCCGCGGAGUCGAGCUCCAGGCCUCCGGGGUCCGCAGCACCUGUACUUCCAGCGGCUGCACCGUCCACCAGGAAGUCCGGAAGAGGAUCCCUCUCCCUGCUGCUGGACAGCCUGCAGGGCCUGAGCGAGGCCAUUGCUGAGGAAGAAGCUGUUUGCCAAGGAGACAGCCAGCGCUGUCCGGCUCCAGUCCACGGCUGAGCAGCAGCUCAGGGCCAGGGGAAGUGGCCUGGGGCUGGAUCCCAGAGGGAGGACUGGACCCCUGGGGCGGGAGCCCGCCUGAGCCCGCCUUGUCCCGCCACAGCAGUCGCCAGCUUCCCCUAAUGAAUCUGAGUUCUGCACUAAUAAAGAGACUGCAGUGGGUCUGGGAAAGCCGCCUGGGGUGCGUGUGAAUUCGCCUGGAGUCAGUGGGCUUCUUGGGCUGUGUGAAGUGUCCCCCAGAGCCCUUUCCCCGAGCCCCUCUGGAGAUGUUUUGAGAAGCA